AUGGAGCAAGUCGACGAAGAUGGCGACCUGAUUCUGCAGCGGAGGACCAGGCAGGGCGAGGACGACGAGCAGCAGCGGCUGCGGCAGCAGGACGCCGAGGUGUUCCUCAGCGAGGUCCACAUGGAGUGUCUGCGCCCAGCGGCGGGGCAGGGCACGGCGACCACCUUCAUCACUGCAGACGGCGGGGAGCUGGCGCGCAUACAGCACGCCAUGGCCACACCGCUCAGCCGCGUGGGGCUGCAGGUGUGGCACGGCGCCCUGCUGCUGGCAGACUACAUGCUACACGAGGCGGCGGCCUCCACCCUGGCCGGCUGCGUCGCUCUGGAGCUAGGGGCAGGACCCGGGCUGGCCGGGCUGGUGAUGGCCAGGCUGGCUCGCUGCGUUUAUCUGACAGAUGUCGGGGCUGACGUGCUAGCCAACUGCCGCAACAACGUCAACCGCCAGCAGCAGCAGCAGCAGCAGCAGCAGCAGGCGGUGCAUGUGCGGCAGCUCGACUGGCUGGAUCCGCCAGACUGGCUGCUCCCAGCAGGCACCAGCGACACGGCUUCGGCACCGCACAGCCCUGGGUGGGAGCGCUCGGGCGCCAGCAGCUCUGGGUUCAGCUGGCAGCCUGGAGACCUGGCAGAGCUGCAGCAGCUGGAUGUGGUGCUGGCUGCAGACUGCAUCUACGAUGAUGUGCUGACGCAGGCAUUCAUGCGCUGCGCGGUGCUGCUCAUGCGGUACGCCGCGCGGCACGGCCGCUCGCUGCGCCUCUUGGUAGCCCUGGAGCGCCGCGUCAACUUCACCUUGGCUGACCUGGAGGCACGUGCGCCGUCGUACGACUUCUGGAGGACGCUGUUCAGGGCGACGCAGCGGCCGGGGCAGUGCCCAGCAGCAGCCGGAGCGCCGCUGCCUGCUGCUAGUAUAGAGUCGCAGCGGGGCACCCCAGGCGGGCUGGGGCCGGCAGACGCCCAGCCCCCCUUGCCUUUGGUGGGUUGGCGGCUGGAUGUGGGCAGCAUCCCGCGGGCCAUCCAGUACCAGCGCAGCGAGUACCUCGAGCUGUGGGAGCUGGCUUUAAGUGAAGGCACAUGA